AUGUCAUACACAAACAACAAUUCUUCUUAUCCCAGUCGGCACAGCAUUGGCGGAGACAUAUCAAGCUUCCGUCUUCCCUCCAUACCGCAUGACGCCGACGGCGACUAUCCUGCCGAGUCCCCCUCCACAACUGUCUCUCCGUCUGCACACCCCAUGAGCCAGCAAUUGAGGCCCUUAGGCACAUCCGAACCCAACGACCUGUACUUCCAGUACUCGCCCUCCAGAUUCUAUCCGCAUCAGACAUAUCAGCAUCAACCACCAUCGCACAGAAGCUCGUCCACAACUUCAUCCCCCCCAUUAGCAUUUGCGGCACACACCGCCAAUCCCCAGUACUAUUACUACAAGCAGGGAGAGGCCCAGACACAGCCAUUGCCACAGUACACCCAUGCGCCCAACCAGUACCUCUACUACCAACAGCAGCAGCAGCAGCACCAGGCACAUGUGGCAUAUGCUCCUCAAAUGGUGCAGGGAACCCCUGCUAUCCACAUGCAGCAUUCACCCAUGACAGCUAGCGGUGGGCUCUCAUACUUGCCCGGAAUCGCCAUGCCAGGCUCCAUGCCCCAGAUGCACACCAAGAGACGCUCCAAGCAGUCCACCACCUGGUCCGCUAAGGAAGACAAAUUGCUCCGCGAGCUCAAGGAGGUCCAGAAGCUAGGCUGGAGGGAGAUCUCGUCGUUCUUCCAAGACAGAACCCCCAACGCGUGCCAGUUCAGGUGGAGACGCAUCAUCAGUGGCACCAGCAGCGGAACUAGCACCCACACCACCUUGCAUCACGGAAAUCCCGACAAGAAAAAGUCCCACCACUCGAUCAAUUUCUUGUUGAACUGA